CUAUCACACCUUUUCCGUAUAAAUAAUGUUGAUUUGCUCCUUUUUGUAAAUUUUGACUAGUCUAUCAUACCAUAAAGUAUUAUAUCACGUUCGCCGCCCCCCGCACUUUAUCUGACAGGCCAUCUCCUCAUCUCAUCUUCAUCAUGAACAAAGUCAUAUCCGGCUCCAACGCUCUGGUAGUCGGCGGCACCAGCGGCAUUGGCUACGCAAUAGCCAAACGUCUAGCAACAUCUUCCAAUUACCAGUUCUCAUCAAUCACUAUCCUCGGCCGGACAAAGCCGCAGGUCAUGCCAGCUGAAAAGGUCUCCUUUCGCUCCGUUGACGCAACGUCCAUGCACGCUUUGAAAGAGUUUGCGCAAGAGUUUCGAAGCAAUAGUCAGAACACUCCUCUUGACCUUCUCGUGAUGACGCAGGGAAUCAUGUCAUUCGCUGGACGGACGGAAACACCUGAGGGGAUUGACAGGAAAAUGGCGUUGCACUACUAUGGUCGUCAGCUCUUGAUUAGAGAACUCAGCCCCAUUCUUAGCCAUAAUGCGAAAGUUCUUCUCGUUCUGGAUGGACUCAACGGUAGUCCUGAGAAGCUGAACUGGGAUGAUCUCGACCUCAAAGGAACCUUCAGCCUCGCUCACGCAGCAAACCACUGCAUCUGCAUGAAUGACACAAUGAUACAGUAUCACGCGCUUCAAAACCAAGGUACCAAACAGUUCUUCGCGCACGGUUAUCCUGGAGUUGUAAACACAGCGACGCCGAAGAACUCAGCUUGGUAUUUCCGAGCUGUGUCAAAGGUUGCUUCGAGAUUGGUUGGUCUGCAGCCUGAGCAGUGUGCUGAAAGACAACUUGAUGGACUGUACCAAGCUGCGGAUGAGUUGCAAUCGAAGGAUAUGUCCUGGGCUUGUAUCGAUAACCAUGGAAAGGUGAUUGGAGGGAAGAAAGAGUGGAGUGAGGAGGAGAGAAGGAAGAUUGCUGACCAUACUUGGGCUCUUGUUGAUCGGACAUGAGACAUAAGAAGCGAUGGGUAGAACACUUUAAUGAGAAUGAUAUGUUCAAGCGAUUCCAUAUUCAGAUACUCACAAUUCACUCCAAAGACAUCGAUACCUCGAGAACUGGUGAGAUCUGGUUGAUCUGAACUUUCUACCUCUUAC